AUCUAUCUAAAUUGUUCAUGAAGAUUGGGAAGUGGUUAUAGCUAAGUGCAACGGUCAGACUCAACUUUUCUUUUUCAUUACCUUUUCAGUUAGCCUUUGUUUAGAAAGUUCAGCGUACAUGGAGCAGAGUUAGAGUGGAACUAAGGAAAGCUUGUUUGAUUAACUAGAACAUGAUUUCAGGACAGGCAUUUAGCAAGCAGGAAAGGAUUUUCUAUGACACCGGAAAGGCUAGCAUCAUCUAGCUGUGUAAGCAAUGGAAGAAUAAGAAAAAUGAUGAUGAAUAAUGAUGCAUUAUACUGAAAAAAAGGACUGCGAGAAAGGAAUCCCACAUCUAAACCCAUAGAGAUGUAAACAUGUCUAAACCUGCACGUGUUCAGCAGCGGACAUUUUAUUACAAGUAAAACAUGGUAUCAACUAAACUAUAUUAAUAAACAGCUCGAUCAGGUUGAUUUCCAUACAGUAUUACGAAGAAUUGUGCGAGUCAAUAUAUGAUGUUAUAAUGCGUUUUGUUCGCUGGUGUUAAAUUUUAAAUGUUAUUCAUAUUUUAACACCUUCAACUGAUAGGAAGCUCACUUUAACCUAAACCACGCCCCUCAUUCAACACAUUGCUAAGUGCAACCGUUGCACUUUGUAUUUAUGUUUAGCGUAGUGUGAAAUAGUGCAGAUAUUUAAUAUGAGUUUUUGCGCUUUAACAGUCUGAAAAGUAAUACCAUUAAUUUCAAACCAACAAUUUAGACACACACGUCGUCCACUGUGAUUGGCUUUCUCGAGUGACUUCACUAACGCUCCCCUCCUGCAGAUGGCAGCCUCUACAUUCUAGUCAGGCAUUCUUUACCGGAAGUAUCGGAUGGACAGUGGCUCACCUUAUUUCUUCUGUAUGCUCAUGCAACUUGAUUUGAGCUUUAUUAUAGCCAGACUCGUGACAAAACAGUUUUAACCCUGGAGGCAGUUACCAUCACGCAGUAUACAGUUGUAGUUUAUUAUCAUAAUAGACUGUCGUUGAGCAAUUAACAAACCCGGCAUGAUCAGAGACUGAUUGUUGCAUUGCUGAACAGAAGGUGCUUUCAAAUGCUCGACGAAGACUUCUAGCUUUUCAUAUUUCUCUUCAGGCACCAUGUCAGAGUUUACCCUCGAUAUCCAGCUGACAGAGUUGGGCUUUUCAAACUGGAAUUUCCCUGUGUGUGAGCCACAGAGCGUUAAAGAGAACUUUUUGCCGACCCAGAAUGGCACUGACAAGCCAGCACCAGAGACUGAACCGUCCACAGACUGUCAUGAAGAUGCCUGCGUUGUUGCGAGCUCAUCGGCUGACAAGAGCUUUCUACAGGAUCAUCAAUACUACACUCCCUUCAAAGAUGACUCUUCAAGUAACGGAGAAACAGCUCAAAGCAAUUCCAGAAUCAGUUCCUCAGAGAAGAAGGAUAAAGUCAUUUGCAAUGCGUGGAAAAGAGGAAGAAGGAGAGAAGGGACAGAACAGAGAAAUGAUGAUGAUGAUGAUGGUGAUGAUGAAGAGCAAAAUGAAAAAGAGGGAACGAGAAAUAAUGACAAUGAACAGAAAUGUUCAGAAGUGAGCCAGGAAGCCUCCGGUCCCACAAUAGAUGACGCUGUGUCUGGUGAAGAAAGGACAGAUGAGGAUGCAGAAUUAGUUUUGACUGAUGAUGAGGAUGAUGAUGUUGAGGAGGAGGAGGAGGAGAUAGAAGAAGAGGAGGAAGAUAAUGUUGUGGAGGACAAGGAUGAGGAAGAAGAAGAUGAUGUUUCGUGGUCAGAGACAAAUGGAUCAGGAGAGAAUGAAGAGAAUCGCUGCCAUGUAUGUGAUCUCAUGUUCUCCUCUCUCUUCUUACUCCGAGAACAUUUAAACAUGCAUACGGGUGUUCGCCCCUACCGCUGCGAUGAAUGCGGCAAGCAGUUCUGCCAAUUAGUCAAUUACCGCACGCACCUUCGCUCCCACUCCCAGAAGGCCUCCAUCCACUGUCGUGUUUGCUCAACCAUCUUUGAGACCGAGGAACAGCUCCAGCAGCACUUGGACACCAACCAUUUUGAGAAGGAGUUCUAUCAGUGUGAUUUUUGCAAGCAGAUUUUCACUGACCUUGAUUUGUGCAAGGGCCACGUCGAAGCACACAGGCAACAGGCGAAGCGACAUUUGUGCCUCAAAUGUGGAGCUAGUUUUCGCCUUCGCAGCUCGCUGCUCCGUCACCUGGAAUGGCACAGCAGAGGCAUCUUCUCCUGCUCGGACUGUGAGCGGAGCUUCUCCAGCAAGGCUUCUUUGUUACGCCACAGUUUCUCUCACUUAGGCGUCUUACCGUAUACGUGUCUGAAGUGCAAACGUCAUUUCCGUUUGCCUUCUCUCUACCACAACCACGAGUGUAAGCCAGAUAACAUCCAGUGCAUGGCGUGUUUGGUUUUCUUUCAGAGUCAGGAGGACUUUGAUAAGCAUAAGAAGGACACAGGAUGCUGGGGUCAUCAAGGAGCUUUGCCUACCAAGACAGACGAGAUCCGCUGCAUGGAAUGUGGCCAAGUCUUUGCAAGCAUUGAGGAAUUAAAGAAGCACGGAAGCACUCACCAGAGGGUCCUAAAAUGUGCUGAAUGUGGGAUGGGUUUCCGCUCGUCACUCAUGCUUAUGUCACACAUGGGAGGGCAUGCGGGACAGCGGCCGUGUUUCUGCCAGGACUGUGGCCUGGGCUUCCCACAUCAACAGGGUUAUGACAGCCAUCUGAAGACAUGUGGAGUGGUGACACCACCAGUGGCUGCUGUGAAAAAACCCAAACCAAAAGCAACUCCCUCUUCACAAAUAAUAAAACAAAUUACUCCUAACAUAUUCAUCCAAACUGUUGCUCAGGGCUCAGCACCUGCCACAUUCCACAGUAGCUUGAAGGAAGUCCACAUGGUUCCAUUUGGUGACAAGAAUAAGCCUGCUGAUGGUAGGUGGAAGUUCACUUUAAAUAAAGAGCCUCCUCCAGGUAUGCCUUUAGUCAUGCUUCUGCCAGUUCCCACUACACAGUUCUCAACUACCUCAGUUCCUACCAAGAGCUCCCAAAACUUUCUACCAUCCUCUUUGGUCUUAGAAACAUCUGCUCCACGUGUCGUUUCCAUGCCGGUGAUCCCGUCUGGCAAAGAGGUAGAGAAAGACACUGUAGAGCCCAGCAGAACCAACAUUCCUUCAAACACACUCAUUCCUGUGCAAAGUCAUGACAGUAUCUCUCAGAAGAGGUGGACCGUUUUAGAAGACCAGGGUUCUGUUCAAGUGUUUGCUACAGAAAAUGUAAAGGCAGGGGAACAGGCUGCAGGUGUGGCAGUAGCAAAUCAGGGAAUGAACGUUACUGCUCAAGUAGAAGUAGAGAAUAAGCAGGAAACUCAAUCAAAUUUGAAGCCUAAUGCACUGGUUGAUGAAAAAACAGUUCCAGGGAGUUCAUCAGAAAAUGCAUCUCUCAGUCCCACCUGCCCCAUGAAACCAUUAUGUCUAAUAAAGUUCACGGAGGAGAAGAAUGGUGGUGGUGACAACAUCAAGAAAAGCUCUUCAGAUUUGAAGGAACUUGACUCCUCGCCUGUAAUGGCAGGAGUAGAAGUUUUAAAGAGAAAACCGGAAAAGCAAAUGCUGGAUUCUUCACAAACAGGCUCUCAUGAUUUAGUCUCUUGUUCUUCAGAAAUUACUUACCAGAAAAAGGCCAGUGAAGAUGAAAGAUUAUUCAAAGAAGAUGUGUCAUCUGACAGGAUGUGUGCAGAGUCACAAAUUGAAUAUACUGUGACGGGGGACAAAUCAGAAAACUGUCCGCAGGGGCAAAACGAAUCUGGUUUUGAUGUAGAGGUUGAAGUUAAUGAAGAUGUGGAAUCGAGCAGCAUGGAAGUGGAGAUUGGGGAUGAAGACAGCGGAGUGGAUAUGUUGGAAGGUGAGCUCCAUGAAUGUGUGACCUGUGGACAAGUCCUUCCUGAAAAGGGUAUGAUCCAGCACUACAUGAAGCAUGCGGCCGACACCGACAGUCCUGAGAACUGUGCCUCUCACACUACAGAACGAUCCCCUACAUGUAGUCCAUCAAGAAAAAGACUACGAUCUGGCACAGAGUUGUGACCCUUAGUUCAAGAGUAUUUCAGUUUUUUAAUUACUAUUAUUUUAAAUUGAUUUGCAGUUAUUGAUAUAACACAGACUUUACUUCCAUUCCGUUUACUUGGAAAACAGGGGUCACUGUCCUUUUUACCAGAUUGAAAUUUGGGAAAGAUUGGUGUUUGUUUAAACCAAGUGUGUUUUGAAUGUGUUCCACUUUUGACUUUUCUUUCACAGUAUCUUUCUGUUUACAUUGUCUUCUAGAUACAAUAAAUGUAGAUUGGAAAUUGGGAAAAACCCUUUCUUUUUGUUUUAUGUAUAUUCAGAUUUAGCUUUUAGUUUAAGACGAUUGUGACUUUGUGUACUAAAAAUAAAAGUUUUCUUUUUUUCAAAAUAAGCAAAUAUUUUAAGCCACAUAAGUGGCACCACUACAGCAAUUUUCAGUGCCAUUUCAAUAAAAUAUAAGAUACUAGGAAUAUCAGCAAAACAAUAACAUAUUAGAAGAAAUUAAUUUAAAAAAAAAAGUGCAUUUCUUUAUCUCACAGAUGUUGGAUAUAAUGAACCAUGUCUGUUUACUGAAUGUAUAAGCAUUUGCUCAUAAAGUUUCAUUUUUUUUUUGGUCAGGAGGUGUUAAGAACAGAAACCAUUUGUUAAGGGAAGAUGUGAGCUGGCUACAAUUCCUUUUUUUUUUUUUUUUUUUUGUAUUACAGAAAUGUGUUUCGGUACAUCUGACACUUCUUUCUUUAACUAUUGGGUGUAUGCAAAAUAAUUCAGCUUGGCUCGUCAUAUCAUAGAAUCAUGAUAUCAUACUGUUUUGGUGAUUCAUUGGAAUUAAUAUUGUACUGGUAAAAACAGAGCUUAAUGUGAAAUUCAGUUUUUCUUAAAUAAAAAAUUAAGGUCAUAUUUGUUAUUGAGAACACUGAUCGUUAUUACUCAAAGUGAAAUUUUUGGAUAAUCGACAGUGCUGUAUAUAUCAAGUCUUUGACCCAUAAAGGUCUCAUAAAUAUUAAUUUGAGAGGCGCACAGAGGCUACUACACUAACUUCCAUGACUCAUAAAGGGAAACUUUAAACCGAGUAGGCGGAAGCAGGUUAACCGAUGAGGAGCAUCUUCAUUAAAUGUUGACGUGAAUCGCUGCAUAGCACUUCAUUGAUGAAAGAUGACACAGGAAAUGACAAAGAAAAGCUUUCUGAUAUUUUUUUCCAUCUAUCUGUUGGCUAUGGUCAGUGCUCUGGAAGACAAAGACUCGUGUUAUGGAGUGGGUUCUGGCACUAUCGCGGGUAUUAUAUUCGCUGAUGUUGCAGUGACGAUCCUCAUUGUUACUACCACAUACUGGUACGCCAGCAAGCGCAGACAAAAGAAAGAAAACGCUGAUGAAGUCUACAUGAAUGUCAGAGCAAACUGCAAAACAUGAAGAUCUUUGGAAGACUGACAUGAACAAUGGAAGACUUACUGACAUUUAAUACCAUAAGACAUGAUAUGAUCGUAGAUGAUGAUUUAGAUUUAAAAUUUCUAGCUGGCUCUGCACACUUAAAACCGUGUUCAUAUUAUAGUUGCUUUGUAAAAAAGACAAAAUUACCAUAUUUAUGUCAUCGCACUGAAACCUUUAAAAAUAAUUAUAUUAUUGCUUAAUCAAAGUAUGCAAAUAAUGGAACUCUGUUUAGCACGUUAUCAACAGCAAUAAAUGAAGUAAAAAAAAAAAAGAAACACUGACACCUAGUGGAUAAUUCCUGCUACUAUUUUCUUCAUCUAGAGCAUAGGUGCCCAAACCUUUAAACUGGAUUGAGGGGUCAUGGGCAAAAAAAAAUAAAUGUUUUAUUAUACCCAAUUAUACAAUAUUAAAGUGUAUUAAAUUAGAUUUUUGUUUGAGAUAAUUACAUUAUUUUACAUUAUUUUCAAUGCAAAAAAAUAUAAUACAAAUUAAAUAAAAAUAAAACAAAAUAAAUUAGAAAUUAAAUUUCAAUGUCUUUUUUUUUUUUUUUCUGGUAUGUCGGGCCAAACAGCGGAUGCUGGUUUUGACAACUGUGCCCUAGAAAAUCUUCUUUCUCUCUUUUUAUUUAAAAAAAGUGUGCAGUUAUGCAUUAUGAUUCUACACAGAUACACGCAGAUGUCAGAGAUGUCUCUCAGUUUGUUUGCAACAGGUUUAUUAGGUAAUUAGUAAGAUGUUAUUAUUUGAGUAUAUGGCUGUAUAGCUUAAUAAGCAAAAAGCGAGCGUUCAUAUAUCCUGCUGCACUGUUUGGCAUACAAAAUGUUUACGUUUCUAUGCAUAUGAUUUACUAUUAAUAAAUCUCAGAUCUUCAUCAAAA